CCGGUGCCUGUCUGUGCUUGAGGUCACCUCUCUUUAGCGUUCCUUCGGGCUCAGGCGUGGCCUCCCGGAGCGCCACGGCCCUCGGCUGCUCGGUUGCGUGCUUCUGGUUUUUCAAUAAAGUUUUCCUCCCUGUACGGAGCUCAAGAUGGCGGCCUGCUGGUCGCCCUUGGUUACCCUGCGCUCCGCCGCGCGCAGCCGGCUGACCGGGAGAGGUGUUGGGUGCGGGGCGCGGGCCGUCGCAAUUCCUCCUCCGGCCCCGGGCCCUGGGAGCCCCCUUUGCAAAGCCUACACAGUCCAGACAUCGGAAGGUGUACGCCCGACAGCGGCUUCCGAAGCCCAUUCAAAAGCUUUGGCUGUUUGCCGUGGACCUCUGGACCACUAUGACUUUCUGAUCAAAGCUCAGGAGCUGCGGGACGAUGAGCACCAGAGGAGAGUCAUUCAGUGUUUGCAGAAGUUACUGGAGGACCUGAAGGGAUACAGCAUAGAGGAAGAAGGGCUCUUUUCAAAGCUUUUUUCAAGGAACAAACCUCCAAAGGGCCUGUAUGUUUAUGGAGACGUAGGUACAGGGAAAACAAUGGUGAUGGACAUGUUUUAUGCUUAUGUGGAAAUGAAGAGGAAAAAACGGGUCCAUUUUCAUGGCUUCAUGCUAGAUGUGCACAGAAGAAUACAUCGCCUUAAACAGAGCUUGCCAAAAAGGAAGGCAGGAUUCAUGACUAAGUCAUAUGACCCGAUUGCUCCCAUAGCUGAAGAAAUCAGCCAAGAAGCUUGUCUUCUAUGUUUUGAUGAAUUUCAGGUCACUGACAUCGCCGAUGCCAUGAUUCUGAAACAGCUUUUUGAAAAUCUGUUCAAAAACGGGGUCGUCGUUGUGGCAACAUCGAACAGACCGCCGGAAGAUCUCUAUAAGAAUGGACUCCAGAGGGCCAACUUUGUACCGUUUAUAGCUGUCCUGAAGGAAUAUUGCAAAACGGUCCAGCUAGAUUCUGGGAUAGAUUAUCGGAAAAGGGAACUCAUUCCUGCAGGGAAACUCUACUACCUUACAAGUGAAGCUGAUGUGGAGGCUGUCAUGGAUAAGUUGUUUGAUGAGCUGGCCCAGAAACAAAAUGAUUUAACUAGACCAAGGAUUCUGAAAGUGCAAGGGAGAGAGCUGCGACUGAAUAAAGCCUGCGGAGCCCUCGCCGACUGCACGUUUGAAGAGCUGUGUGAGAGACCACUUGGAGCAAGUGAUUAUUUGGAAUUAUCAAAGAACUUUGAUACAGUGUUUGUUCGGAACAUUCCGCAGUUUUCGCUGGCAAAGCGGACUGAAGCCCGACGAUUCAUAACUCUCAUCGACAACUUCUAUGACCACAAGGUGCGGAUAAUUUGCUGUGCAUCAGCUCCUAUCGCAAGCUUAUUUUUGCAUCAACAUCAUGACAGUGAGUUAGAGCAAAGCAGAAUACUGAUGGACGAUUUGGGGCUGAGCCAGGACUCGGCAGGGCUCUCCAUGUUCACUGGAGAGGAGGAAAUCUUCGCUUUUCAGCGCACGAUUUCCCGGCUUACAGAGAUGCAAACUGAGCAGUACUGGAUGGAAGGGGACAGAAGCAAGAAGUAAUGUCACUUUCACAGGAAUGAAAACAGGCGACUGGUGAAGGCUGUGAGACUGGAUGAAAUCAUCUCAUCACCCACCAUGCACUUUGUCCCCCAGACUCGUCAUCUGGGGCAGUGGACGAGCACACUGAAGUCUCGUCUUUGUAGACCCAUGUUUUGCCCAUUUAUUUGGACUUAUUUCUACAUCAUACAAUGAAAUCAUCACUCCUGAAGAGUACUAUAAAAUCUGACUUGUUAACACCUGAACAUGUUAGAGCCUUGAAUAUAUGAACACACAGCAAAUGCAGGAUGCCUGGGCACCUCUAAGCUUUGGCUACACAGUAGUCACACCUUAGAAAUACAUUGCCUAUAAGAAGCAGGUGGAAUCCUACUUUUCAGUUUAAAACAAAGAGAGCUUUCCAGAAACUGAAGGGAAAAGCAUUUUAUGUUGGCCUUUGUAUUCCUGCUUGUUGGUUGGUUAUGAAUUGCAAUCACCCACAGGCCUGUGGUUUCCUCAGUGCUGGAAAGAGGCUGUGUUCUAACCCCUACAUCCAGGUUGGCAGGCAAGCCCUGGGCCAUGUGAGGACAUGGAUCACAAAACCAAUAGGUAAGGAGCGGGCGGGAAAUUCCAACUAACAGGCAGGUCUCCCCAAGGAGGGCAGGUACCCGGAAUGUGACUGGAGGAGGCAGAGCCAUGGCCACAGCAGCAGCGGAGUGAACGCCAUCACCAAGGUGGUGCCCUGCUCUGUUCACCCACAGCUGCUCUCACUGCAGAGUUCACAGCCCACCCUCGAUCCCGAGUUGGACCUCAUAGGAGACAGGGGAGAACACUUGACAGAUCUGUAAAUAAAGGCUGAUUUCUCCUUCA